GUCCUUCUGUUUCUUUCUGUCCCGCCACACAGCUGAUAUACCGUUUUGAGCACAUAGCUCCCUGCUCAAAAUGGCAGUGUAGCGGCUUGCAGCGGAAAACUCGCAGCGGCAACACCUGCAGUGCAACGGCGAUUUGCACUGGUUCUAUUUUUCAAAAUGGCGUCCCUCGAGGCAACCACCCUCAGCACUGCUGCAUUUGACAGCAAAUCAAGCCUUCUUGACUCCUCAGAAGACCUGUUUUUGAGUCUGUCUCUGACCAAGCACCAUGACUCUGAGCUUACAGAUGUGCGCGGAAGAAAUGGGGACCCUGUUCUUGGGGUCCUCGACUCUGAUGGCUGACCACUUUGGGCCCCUUCUGGACGAAGAUGAAGAGAGAGCUCUAUCUGAGGGGUCUUCAUCACCCCUCUCCUUCUCUUCAUAUUCUGAUUCCUACUCCUCCUCCCCGUUUUCUUCCUCCUCAGCUCCUGAUCCUCUAAGAUGUAAAGGCGGGUGUGAUGUGCCAUUCCCCUGGCUGUCUGCUGGUGAGCAGAUUGAUGCUCAUUUUAGGGCAGACCAGAGAGAAGGGGGUGCGUUUUCAGGCAUGGACUGGAUGACCGAGAAGCUCGACCUCAGUGAUUUUGAUCUGGAUUCACUCAUUGGCUCCUGUGAUUUGGAUGAGCCUCCCAGCUCUCCGGAGGAGCUACUGGCAUCCCUGGAGUCCCAAGUGGAUCUGGAUUUGGCUUCGCUCCCAUUCCAGUCAGCAUCCACACCUGUUACGGAAGAGGUCAACCUGCCUCCUUUCCCUGUAGAUCUACCAGUUGAGUCAGAGAUCCACCCUGAACCUGUUUCUGUUGAGAUCAAAUCUGAGCCAGUCUCUCCAGCUCCUGCUCCUCAAUCACCUUCAUUCACACUAGAGUUGGGUAGUGAAGUUGACAUCUCCAUCUCAGAGCUGGAGAAAAUGCCCAAGGUCAGUGCUGACAACCAGACCCCCAGUUUUGUGCUCACCCUCUCCCCUGCCCACAUAGUUGUGGUUCUCGCUCCCAAAGAAGAGCUGAGCAUUUCCAACUCUUCUUCAGACCAAUCCGACAGUGGUAUUGAAUCUGGAUCCAGUUCUCCUCCAUAUGUACAGAGUCCUGUUCCAUCUCCCAAACCUGCUGGUGCCUCCAGAACCAAACCCUACUCCAAACCUGACCCUGAUGCAACUUUAGAGGUUGUUAGUAAAGUUAAGACUGUAUCUGGAACGACCAAAACAGUAGAUAAGAAACUGAAGAAAAUGGAGCAGAAUAAGACGGCAGCUACUCGCUACAGGCAAAAGAAAAGGGUGGAGCAGGAGAGCUUGAAUGCGGAAUGUACUGAGCUGGAGAAGAAAAACCGAGAGCUGGCAGAGAAGGCAGACUCGAUCAGCCGGGAGAUCCAGUACCUCAAGGAUCUCAUUGAAGAAGUCCGUUCAGCAAAGAACCGAAAAAAGUCCAAGGACACCUCUUCAUAAGAUGGAGGCAUCUGUGAUUGGCAUGAUUUCAUAAGAAAGGCACAGGAGGAUUCAGUAGGAGUAUCUGUGCUACAGUUCCCCCACGCCCUCACAUUUCAUGAUGGUUGUGCAGUUAAAACAUGUACUACUUGCAGUAGAUUAUGCACAAAUUCAUUACGCACCCAAAGCCCGUCACUUCCAAUCUUUAACUUUCUCAACUCUUAACAUCAUUGUCCAGUAAGGGGCCUCAUAUCAAACAGUGGAUAUUUUUGUUACACUGAAUAUUGCUCUUUUUGCAUGUACAUAGCUUCAGCUGCACUCUUCAGCUUUAUUUAAAACUCUGGUGUUAGGUGUGUGUAUGGUGUAGCUUGCUGUUGUGUUUUCUUCUGUUUUCUAAUAAAGCUUCUGAACUUGA